AUGAAGGAGAACCUUGUCCAUUCGCACCUCGUCUUCACAACGUUGUGCUGCUCCGAAAGCUACCGCGCCGUCGCCUCGGCGCUUCCCUGUCGGCGAAAUAAUCCCUUCCCCAAGCCACACUACUGA